GGCUGGGAGGGAGAGAAAGGAGUGAUUCCUCAAGACGGAAGCGGGAGGACAGUAUUUUUAAGAUGAAAUUCAGUCUCUCCAAAAUAGUUGAUGGCUGUCGUCUUGGUACAUUGACCAACCUUGGCCGUAAAGGACUUCAGUCCAUGGACAUUCCAGGUUGUCUGCUUUAUACCAGAAUGGGAUCUGCACCACAUCUGACCCAUGACACUCUUCAAAUGGUUAAAGGUGUUCCUGUAGUCGCUCAGCUUUCACUUUCAACAUUGGCAGAUCUUCAUGAAGUCUUGGCAGAAUAUAAAGAAGGAGCUGCAAAGUUCAUAGGCAUGCCGGAGUCAGUACUGUACUGCUCUCUUCAUGACCCAGUUACCUGCUCCCCGCCUGGCUACAACAGCAACAAGACAGUUUCGAUAUGGGGAUGUGGAGGUCGGAUAGAAAUGACGGCAUCAAAAUUCAUGGCCAUCCAGCAGGUUAUCCAGCCCGACUGGUUCCAGUGUCUCUCAGAUGGAGACACUAUUGCUGGAGAAAUCUCCAAGAAGAGAGCCAAGAAGUCUGUAGAUCGCUCUCUGUCCUUUUUGGAUGAGUGUCUGCAACUGCAAGAGGAAUUGCCAGGCUUGCAGCAGAGCCUGAUGAUUGGAGUUAUUGAAGGUGGGGAUGUAUUGGAGGAGAGGCUGAGAUCAGCAAAAGAGACUGCCAAGAGACCUGUGGCUGGCUUUCUUUUGGAUGGCUUUCAGGGAAACGCCAUGACCAAGGAAACCAAGCUGCAACUCUUGUCCUCAGUUACAGCAGAGCUGCCGGAAGAAAAACCAAGGCUUAUCCACGGAAUUGGCAGGCCAGAUGAGGUGCUGGAGUAUGUUGAGAGAGGAGUGGAUAUUUUUGAUAGUUGUUUUCCUUACCAGGUGACGGAACGAGGCUGUGCCUUGUCCUUUAACUAUAACUAUCAACCCGAUCCUGAAACAAAAGUCAUUCAAGAAAAUGGACAAACAGAUGUUCAGAAGGAAGAAGAUGAAAAAUCUGAAAAUGUGAUCCUCAGUGGAUCGCAAGAAAUGACUCAUUUUGAAAUAUGUUUGAAAGAAAAAAGGUACCAGGAUAAUUUUGGUCCUUUGGUGAAAGGCUGUUCCUGUUACUGCUGUCAAAAUCACAGUUGUGCCUACAUCCAUCACCUUCUCAUGACCAAUGAGUUGUUAGCUGGUGUCCUGCUUAUGACACAUAACUUCCAGCACUAUUUUGGCUUCUUCCGUUCUAUCCGUGAUGCUGUCAAAGAGAAUAAGUUGGACCAGCUGAAAAAAUCUGUCAGCUGCCGAGCACUCUGAGGCCAGAAGUGUUAUAAAAACAGUGCAAAGAGAACAAGAACCCACGAAGCAGAGAGAGCUGCAUAUUUUUCCUAUUAUCAGUUUCAUGUUAUCUGAAGCACAACCACCUUGGUCUUCACAAAUUGAGAAGUGAUGGAGUUUUUUUAAGAAUUCGCCGGACUAUUUAAGGAAAUCAAAAAUUGUAUGAACAUUUUUACAGGGCUAAGCUAGGUAUUGUUAUUCUCAUUGGGUUUUACUUGUCUUAGAGAACUUGAGUACUGUCCUAGAGUUGGAAUGAAAAACAAAUAAUAUAAACUGACAGACGGGACAAUAGGAAAUACACUGGCUUCCAUUGUGGACUCUACCUUCAUUUUUGCUAUAUGUUAUAGGCUAAAACAAGCCUAUUAAAGUUGUACAUCAGUAGGUCUUUGGUAAGAAGGUAAAAUGUGGUAAGAAAGAGGCUCCUCUUGUAAACUCAGUCUCACUUCAGCAUCUUCUUCCCAGGGCACCUUGCUGCAAUUCUGCAAAUUGAUCCAGUCCUCAUGACACUCCAUGUUCUUGACAGCCAGAGAGCUUUUGUUCUUCAUUAUUGCAAAACAUCAGCCCAUUGGCUGAGCUUAGUUUUUAGCCUAAAUACAGUUUUUAGUAGUCUCGUGCAUUUGUAUAGAAUCACAAUCUGUUUCUGUCUGUUUCAUUCAUAAGGCCCCGUUUUUGUUUUGAGCACCUCUCCCACAAACGGGUGUCUUUCCAAAUGGGCUUUCUCAUCCAAGGUCCAAAAAAAUUGAAUAUUUUAGGCCCAUUGGUGGCAAUGGGUGGGCUUCCCAUGCUCCUCUUCUCUUCAGUUUUAGGGAUAGUGCUUAGUGCUUAGCUGCAGGCCCUGGCAGGCGCUGGCAUUUUAGGCGUGCUUGCCACACACAUACUCCAUUUGGAGCACCAAAAAUCAGCUAACCAAAAGUUUACCGUUCCUUUUGUUUUACUAAUACUUCUGUACUGGAGAGGGGUGUACCGUUUCGUGCCUUCCAAAUGAACAAAACGGUACAAAAGCACGAACUGAUAAAAUGGUAACCGGGCCCAUGACUAGUUUUUAGUCUCAACAGGAGUAGACCCAUUGAGUCAAUUCCUGAAUGUCAAAUCAACAUGCAUAUAAGCAGAGAUUAUGCAAUUGAUCUACCAAGAGGCUUAAAACUCUAUCUACCAUGACAAUAACUCCUUUGUUUUGAAAAAUAUCCCUAUAUAGAUUUAGGCCCUGGUUUUGAUUGGAUGCCAUCAAAUGACAACUAUUUAUUUUCAGAGCCUAAACUAGAGUAGACUCAAUUAAAUUUGUUCCAUAGCUAUAGUCCAGUUAAGAUUAGCAGUUGGAUUUAGGCUCAAGUUUUUUUUUCUUUUCAGGGGAGAGAAUCUUUGUUUAUUAAUAUUCCUUUUUUAGGUGAAUGGAAGAUAAUGAGCAUACAUUAGGCAAUAUGAUGGCUGAAAUAAUGUUUGGUAGAGCUUUGACAAUAAUGGAAAACUCAUUCUUUUAGCUUUUGUAUCUUAUUCAAUUCAAUCAUGUCCUUUUUAUAUGAUCUUUUUUGUACAACUGAAAUAUUUAAUGUUUUUUCUGUUACGGAAAUUUAAUGGUAAACUUCAAUAUCAUACUGAGCAUUCACUUGUGGAUUGCAUUCUCCCUACUGUAUUUAGAAAUUAGCCUAUAACACAGGCAUGGGCAAACUUUGACUCUCCAGGUGUUUUGGACUUCAACUCCCACAAUUCCUAACAGCCUACUGGCUGUUAGGAAUUGUGGGAAUUGCAGUCCAAAACACCUGGAGGGGCGAAGUUUGCCCAUGCCUGCUAUAACAGAUUGUUUGUACAAUAGUUUCUGAAGAAGUCAGUUUCCUAUUUCAAGAUAGGGUAAGAGAAGCCAACUCUUGACCACCCUUCCUUCCCAAAUAUAUGCUUUACAUUGUUGGAACUCACUUAUGUAAACCAUUUGCUGAAGCAAUUACUGUCAUUUUGCUCCUUUGUGUGCCACGACCCAUGUUUGAUACUGUAUUUUAAUUCCUUGUCAUCAUUUUGUUCACAUUUUAUUCCCACCUCAGCAAAAUCAGGGCAAUAAGGCUCUAAAUCAGGCCUGCAGAAGCUGUGGCUGUCCAGGUGUUUGGGAUCCCAACUCCCAGAAGCUCUUGCCAGUCUGUUCAGUGGACAGGAAUUCUGGGAGUUGGGGGCCCAAACAGUUGGAGGGCCACAGAUUGUGCACACCUGUCCUAAAUCCAAUGUGGUGCUGAAGGGCAGAACAACAGAACUUCCUGAGGGUCCUCUUGCAGCACUUGCGGUUUCCAGUCGACAACUCUUAGAAUGUGUUCCAGGCCACCAGAUCUGAUUUAGUGGAGAUUUGCGGUAGAAAGGAGAUGGUCUCUCUCUCUCUCUCUCAUUUCCACUGAAAUAUCCAUUAGAGGAAGUCCAACAUUGGAUAUUUUUUAAAAAAAAAUGACAUUGAUUUACUGACCACAGAGAUAGAAAGGGGCUGUAAUUGUGUAUCUUGCCAGUAGCCACAAUGUCUGAAAUGUAUUAAAUAAUAGAUAAAAACCUUUUAUUCAUUU